CUUUUACGCAAUGAGCGUUUUUUAACCACUCAGAGCGGUUUAACGUCGAGGGGAGAAGUUGAAGUUAUUGGUGGUGUUUAUGAAGAGCUAGUAUGUAGCGAGUUUGGAGAUAGUUUUUUUGUAUAUGCAAUAUGAAGAAUGGAAGAAGACAAUGUUACUAUCAGAGAACAAAAUUUUCACAGCCAAGUUCGAGAGUACAUCAUUUGCUUCCUCCUGUUUGCAGUCCUCUACAUUGUGUCCUACUGCAUCGUAACUCAGUAUAAGAGGAAGAGUGAUGACCAAGAGGAUGAAGAUGCUGUUGUCAACAGAAUAUCGUUGUACUUGUGCACUUUCACCCUGGCUGUGUCAGGUGGUGCCGUGUUCCUUCUGCCUUUCUCCAUCAUUGGGAAUGAGAUCCUUCUCUCCUUCCCGAAGAAUUAUUACAUUCAGUGGCUCAACGGCUCCCUCAUUCAUGGUCUGUGGAACCUUGUGUCACUCUUCUCCAACCUUUGCCUCUUUGUCUUGAUGCCAUUUGCCUAUUUCUUCUUGGAGUCUGAGGGGUUUGCAGGAUCAAAAAAGGGCAUUAAGGCACGCAUUCUCGAAACCUUUGUGAUGCUUUUCCUGCUGGCUUUACUCAUCCUCGGCAUCGUGUGGGUGGCGUCGGCACUCAUUGACAAUGAUGCAGCUAGUAUGGAGUCACUCUAUGAUCUCUGGGAGUUUUACCUACCAUACCUCUACUCCUGUAUAUCUAUGAUGGGAGGACUACUUUUGCUUAUGUGCACUCCUGUGGGAUUGUCCAGGAUGUUCACUGUUGUGGGCCAGUUACUAGUGAAGCCAACUAUCUUGGAGGAUCUAGAUGAGCAGAUUUACUGCAUCCAUUUGCAGGAGGAAGCCCUUCAGAGGAGAUUAAACGGCUCAUCCUCACACACUUACACUCGAGGAGCCUUUCUUCACCAACUCAACAAAGAAUUGGACCUUAUUAGAAAUCAGAGAAAUAAAUUGGAAAGAAGAAAAAAAGCAUCAGGUUGGGAGAAGAACUUACUGUAUCCCAUAGUGAUGCUGAUACUCCUCACAGGAACGACAAUCUCAGUUCUUCUGGUGGCAUUGAACAUCCUCUACCUUCUAGUGGAUGAGACUGCCAUGCCCAAGGGAUCCACGGACCGAGGCAUUGGGAACACCUCUCUGCCCACAUUUGGUGUGGCUCAGGCGGUGCUGGAGAUCAUUCUCAUGUUCUACUUGAUGGUGUCCUCUGUCGUUGGUUUCUACAGUCUGCGUGUCUUUGAAGGCCUCACUCCCAGGAAGGAUGACACAACCAUGACAACGAUUAUUGGUUGCUGUGCAUCAAUCUUGGUCCUGAGUUCAGCCCUGCCAGUGAUGUCGAGGACUCUAGGUAUCACCAGGUUCGAUCUCUUGGGAGAUUUUGGAAGAUUUAAUUGGUUGGGAAACAUCUACAUUGUCCUUUCAUACAACCUGCUGUUUGCAGUGGUGACAACGCUCUGUCUUAUAACAAAAUUCACCUCAGCAGUACGAGAAGAGCUCCUAAAGGCCUUAGGUCUGGAUAAAUUGCACCUGUCAAACAACUCCACAGACCCUGAAUCUGGGAAGCUCGCAGCCAACGGGCAUCAGAAAACUCUGUGAAAAGGGUGAUAAACACACAAACCUUAGCACCACCGAAAGGACAUUUGAGCAGGACUGCCUGAUCCCUGAUGGGCCACGGGGAUUGGAAGGAACGUAAUAAACCCAGCUAGUGUCUGUCCCAUGCUGCAAAUAGAGGCUGAGGGCAAUUUAGCUUCACGACAUUCCAUCGUCUGUGUCUUGGGAUGGAAACCGGGACAGAUCCAGUGACGAGAGACUGGCGUCACUGCAGUGACCUUGAUGUUGACCUCAACUAUGAGUGUAACUUUAACCCACCCAUCUCUAACUUCAGGAGCACUUUUACUUGUUUUUUCUCUCCUUCAGUCUCCUCACCACCGCACCAGACAAAAGGAUGAAGCACAUGUUUCAGUCUUACAUCCCACCCGAUAGACUGUUUUUUUUUUUGUUUGUUCCCCCCCCGUCAGCCUCUCUUCCGUGGCCACUAUACUUAAUGCAGUUACAAUAAAUUUGGGAGUGUCCAGUGGUUGUUGUCAGUGAUACGUGAGCGUGCUCUUGGCGUGCACAGUACAAGUCUGUCAUUGUUGGGUUUUGUGACGUGAACUGACACAGGCAUGGUAAAGUGUCGAUUUAUCAUAAUUCAUUUAUCUCAAACUGUUAAGAGAUGUUCUUUGUAAAGCAUGAAAGAAGCAAAUAAUUCACACUCAUCACAGCCAACCUGUAUCCCUGCUCCGCAUUCAGUACAGUGCACGCUGUCCUGCACUGUUCAUUUCUAGGUUUACUCAAGUGCGCUUUAUCUUUACUGAUGAUGUCGGGGUUUUUUUUGUUUUUGUUUUUUUAAGUUGAGCUUUAUUUUUUUGUUUUUGUUUUUUUUAGGUGGUCUAGAUUACAGCGCAGCCACUCUGUAGUUUGAGAACUGCACUUUUAUAUCACAAUGUUUUGUGUUCACAACAGAUCCAGUGGUUUUUAUUUAGUUACAUUUUACACACAUGGUAAGAAAGAAUUGCAUUCACUUUUUCAAAUUCAGUUUUAAAUCUGUAGGGCACAAAAACAAAUGGUCAAAUGAUCAUUUUUGUAAAGGUUGUACAUACUGUGUUUCAUACCGCAUAAGAUGUAAAUAUCAGGAUUUCACAGAGCCCACUAAGGGUCUGAUUCAUGAAGGCAAUCUGUGCUUUUUCUUUUUUUUAUUAAGUGAAGUACUAGAUCUGAUGCAAACUUG